AUGGAGAUAAACGAUGAGUACCCAUCACGGACGGCACCAUCGGCACCACCAGAGCCUCUGGUGCCAAUUGUUCCAGUUGUUUCGUACUCUGAACUAUACGGCCAAUACCCCAAAACCAAGCCUACUUCUAAUAAUGUGAAUACUUAUGAUCAUCCUCCUCCGGUUCCUUGGUCGACCGGUCUUUCUGACUGUUGUGACGAUGUUGGCACUUGUUGCCUAACAUGCUGGUGUCCAUGUGUCACGUUUGGACGUAUUGCAGAAAUCGUUGACCAGGGGUCAACUCCAUGUGGAGUAGGUGGAGCGCUGUACACGUUGAUAAUGUGCGUGACUGGUUGCUCGUGCAUGUAUUCAUGCUUUUAUCGGUCCAAAUUGAGGGGCCAAUAUUUCUUGGAGGAAAGGCCCUGCACCGAUUGUUGCAUUCAUUGUUUCUGCGAGGGAUGUGCUUUGUGCCAAGAGUACAGAGAACUCAAAAACCAUGGCUUUGACAUGUCUAUAGGUUGGCAUGGGAACGAAGCAAGGCUGAAACGGCUAGCAGCAAUGGCUCCGGAAGUCCAAAGAAGCAUGAGGCGAUAG